CCAUCAUUGACAGCAUAGGCGGUUUGUUUUGCUUAAAACUUAAAAAAUAUUAAAAUUAAUAACAGACAUGGCAGUGGAGAAAAAACAAAAGUCACCGACUAAAAAGAAAAGCCCUGAGAAGGCCAAACAGCAGAACGUUAAAACUUCCCCUGUUACCACACCUGUAGCGGUAAAACAAAGGACAGUGGUGACCCCUUGGAGAGACACAGUGGAGUUCAAUGAGACAUAUGACGGGCUAUUUGGCAAAGGCUCCAAUUCCACUGGUCGUCGCCAAGCCCUGAGUAGGAUCCGGAUUUGGAGCCUGCGGCGUGCAAACCUCUGCCCGGCGGCUGUCUUGGCCACUUCGGUGCUCGUCCAAGCCCAGCUGAAGGACAAGCAGGGCAAUGCCAAGAUACAGACCACAUAUGCCAGCGCCUUUACAAGAUUCUACAAUUUCAUGUCCUCGAUAAUCCAGGGUCACAAUAUGAGCAGCAUGUACGAGACAGCCAAGGAGUUGGGGCUCCAGUCAUUCAUUGUGGAUUUGCGUCACUUGUGCGCUCACGGACAGGAACUGCCACCGGUGGAGGUGCUGAGGAGCACUUCUAAGCACUGUCUAGAGUGGCUGCGGACGUAUUACUGGCUACCGCACAAGGAGACCAUGUCCAAUUUGGAUGCUGGAAAGCUGCAGCGCAAAGAUAAGCUGAAGUUCAAAAAAGAUAUUAGCAAUCUUCUGGAGAUCUAUGACCUGACCCUAGAGUGUCACCUCAAGGGAGCGGAUAAGCUUAAGGCUAUCAGCAAACUUAAAUCCAGUGCGGAAUUUAACAAGAUACGCGUCUACUCCUCAAGCAAGAAGGCAAAGACCUCCAAGGAAAUCCUUGAUUUAGUGCUAAAUGACCUUAAUGCUAAGAUAAAAAAGGAGUCCUCUUCAAUGAAGGAUUUGCUGGAUAUCUACAUGGGCUGCCUUCUUAAAAUGAAGUACUUCCUGAGCAUAGGUUUGGAAAUCAAUGACGACGAGGAUGUGCUUAUUGCUGGAACCCAGGAUCUGUUUAGACUACUCGCCAUGCAGGGGUACAUCGAAAACUUCUUUGUAGCCUUGGUUCGAUUGACUGAAAAUCCAAAUGAAACAGAUAUAACGCGACUGGGAGCCAGUUACUGGGCCAUGAAGAUGAUCAAAACUUUUUUAAUGCUGUUUCGCAUGAAACGGAUGUAUAAGGAGGAACUAGAUUUGGACACUAAGUUAAAACCAGUGGAUUUCUCUUCCCUCAACACUAACGUGCAUUCAAAAACCAUGCGUAGCCUCUUAGUUCACUCAGGUGUGGAUUCCUCAGUGACUCUUAUUUUUGGAGAUAAUCCCAAAAAGGCCAAAACGUGGGUGUUCGAUCGGGAGUUUAUUAUGCAGCGUGUGGUUCCUUUUAGCAAAUACACAGGCCCUAUUCUCAAGGGCUUGCUGCCUCUGGCAGAUCCACCUUUAAGUCAGAUUCAGCAGGCGACUUUGGCCAAACUCUGCGAUAUACGCUUGCAGGAAUCCAAGAAAUCAGAAGAACUAGAACCUAUGGAAGACAACAGUAUAUCGAUGGAGAGCUAUAACCUGGAUUAUCUGGAAAAACUUAUGUCUGCACAAGCUCUGAGUAAAGGAAGUACAUUUUCUAAUGUUGAAACCUCAGAUUUAGGUAUUUGGACAAUAGAGAAAGAUAACGACUGGUCCAAGUGUGCCUUGGGUGUUUUACCGUGGUCUCAAUAAAUAUGUUAAUAAUAUUAAGAUUGUUCAAU